AUGUGGAUUUGGUUAGUGACCACCCUCCUUGUCACAGUUGUGCAGACUGCUGACGAUGUCUUCCAUACUUGUGAGAUGGAAUCUUUCUGCAAUACUUUCAGAACUCAAGUCUUGGAUGAUGACGCCCAGUUUACGGCAAAUGUAGCUGAAGCUAAAAUAGUUCUGAAUACAGUUAACGUGCCAAUAACUAAUGGUAAUGGUGAUUCAUUGACUCUAGAACUGUCGAUUUUAUUUGGCCAAAAAAUGAGGAUUAAGGUACUAGACAAUGCUCAACGGUACAUCAUACAAAAUGUAUUACCCGUCGACAAAAAGGACUAUCCGCCAGCUAUAGAUAUAACAACUGACGCAGUGACAAUAACUUCGACAUGGGCUGUGGAUGAUAAGAUCGUAGUAAGAAAAGGUCCACCAUUUACAGUUGAAUGUUACCACCUAGACCAACUGGAGGUAGUUCUAAACGCAGACCGUCUCGUUAUGAAAAACGCUACGACUGUGGAAGAGCAGGCUUUCAGCUUUACAGUUGAAUUCGAAAAAGCUCAAAGAUUGUAUGGUUUAGCUCACCACUCUUACAAACUUGCUUUGGGAGAAACCGCCGAUGGUUCUUCGGAACCUUUUCGGUUAAAAAAUAUGGAUAACGGAGGAUAUGAAGCUGACUCGCCCAUGGCUCUGUCUUCGUCCAUACCAGCUCUCUAUGGCCAUUCGGCUGACUUUACUUCGGGCGUAUUUUUACACAAUGCAGCUCAGAUGUUUGUAGACAUCAGCUACACAGGCAACCGCCCAUCAGCUUAUUUCAUGGUAGAAUGUGGACAAUUCGAUCUAGUUCUGUUCCUGGGCCCUAAACCUAGGGACGUCGUCAGGCAGUACACCUCGAUGACAGGCGUUACCCGUAUGCCCCAGCUGUGGACUUUUGGUUACCACCAAAACCGUUUCACUUACUGGACCCAAGACGAGGUCAAAGAAGUGGUGGCGAAAAUGGACCAAGCCGAUUUUCCCAUAGACGUGAUUUACCUAGACAAAGGCUACACGAACGGUAGCAGGUAUUUUCAAUGGAAUCCUGAGAAUUUCACGGAUCCUUUGGAAUUGCAGCAGAACAUUUCUGAUACUGGCCGUCGCAUAAUCGCUGUUUUAAAUCCCCACACCGCCAUCGACCUGGAUUACUCCGUUUACGUUUCGGGCAAAGGGUUCGAUUACUACAUCAAGAAACCUGACGGAAGCGAUUUCAAGGACCUCAGCAGACCUGGUGAAUCUGUUUGGAUAGACUUUUUGAAUUCCGAGACCCGAUUAUGGUACGCCAAUUUUUUCUACUACCAAAAUUUCGAUGGAGCGACAGAAACUAUAGCAGGGAUCUGUCACGAUAUGAACGAACCAUCUGUUUCCAACGACACCACCGAAAGAACAUUUCCACCGGACGUUUUACACUAUGACCACGUUUACGAUAGAGAAAUCCACAAUAUGUACGGAUUGCUACAUGUAAUGGCUACCAACACUGGAAUGGCCGUCAGAGACCUGUACAAGAAACGAGUGUUCAUUCUAAGUCGUUCCCAUUUCGCAGGAUCCCAAAGCUACUCUGCUGUAUGGACUGGAGAUAAUACUGGUGAUUGGCCUUAUCUCCGGAACAGCAUAUCCGAAUGCCUCACCUUCAAUUUACUAGGAGCGGUGCAAUGUGGAGCAAACGUAGGAGGAUUCUAUGGCGAUCCAACAGAAGAGCUUUUGCAGAGGUGGUACCAGGCGGCUAUUUGGAUUCCAUACUUCAGAGCACAUUCUGCUACUCCGAGGGAACCUUAUCUGUACUCUGAAGAUGUUCAAGCGGUGAUCAGACUUGCCAUCAAGACCCGUUACAAACACAUACCCUACUGGUACAGGCUCAUGUUCGAUCACACUCAAAGUGGAGAUCCUUUGAUCAGACCACUCUUCUACAGCUACCCUGAGUAUCUUGAAUACGACGACCAUCUCUUGAUAGGUGAAGAUAUUCUUUCAAGGCCUGUGGUGGAAUCGGGCGUGACUGAGGUAGAAGUAAGUUUUCCUGGAGACGAUAUUUGGUACAGAGUCGAUGACGAUUCGUGGACGACUUAUGAGGGUGGCAAUGCACAAAAUUUAGAAGUGAAUAUUACUACAUCGCCUUACUUCUAUCGAGGGGGCAGUAUAAUACCAAGAAUGGACAUUGAAAGACCAUCCACGACGCAGAUGAUGUCUGAUCCGUUCCAAUUGUAUGUAAAUUUGGAUGCUGAAGACAACGCAGAAGGACGGUUGUACUUUGACGACUACACCACUUUGGAAUAUAGAACCCUGAUAUCUUACUUCUACUUUAGGCUUGUGUAUGAUUCGGGGACGAAUGGGAUCUGGUUCGAACGUAUAGUUGGCAAUUCUGACGGCUUUAAUGUUCGAAUACAAAGGAUUAUAGUUCAUCGACCGGGAGAAGACAAGCAAGCUACAACAACCAUAUACACAACUGCGAAGGAUGGAACGCCUUUGGAAGAAAUAGACAUUGUACAACAACAUCAACUAAUGCGAGGAGAGGGUAGAUUUGCUAUAUAUCUAUAAUAGAAACUUUAGUAAAUUAUAUAAAAAUAAGUUGAAAAAUAAAAAUAAAGAUUAUG